AUGUCUACAUCUAAUGGGGUUUCAAGAGAACGAAGUUUAGUGGAGGAGAUUUCUCAAAACCUCGCCAACACCCGCUACACGUUCGGCGCCAGCUCUAUACAAUACCGGACUGUGCUGGAUAUGCUGAAGGCGUAUAUCGCGGAUCUUGAGAAGCGGUCGGCCGGACUAGAUGGGCGUAUGACUGGUGCUGGCGAUUCAGACGUAGAGGACCUGAUACUCCUGCUGGAGAGGGAGCUGAAAGUCUGA